UUCAUAGCAAGUCUGAAGUAAAUAGAAGAGCAUGUAGAGGUGGGUGGAGGCAGUCAUAAUAAACAACAACAGACACUUGAAAAGAGAAGUUUGUUGCGGGAGUUAUACGGAGCCAUAUUUAUGGCUGGGAAAGGGGAAAAGGGUAAACUAAACAACUCGGAAGAUGCUUUUCGAGAAAUAUGAGAAUAUCUGAGUAGGCGAAUAUGCUACCGAGCAUAAAGCAAACGGUGUCACGUGUACGUACUCUUCAGCUGGGAAGAGUCGUCAAGAAAAGAGCAAAAAGACUACUUUUUCCCUUUUACUUUCAAGUUUCAACCGUCUAAAAAGAUUGGCAAGGAAUCAGCGCUUCCAAAGCCGCUUUGAUCACGGUUGAUUUUCUUAGCCCCUUACGUUACACGCCUGAACGCUCCGUUCUGAUUUCAUUACUGUCGGCAACUUAUAAAAUGGUUCUAUAGUAGAAAAUUACAAGUCUCCUUAUAUUUCCAGGCUUCCAAAGGCCAAACUACUAGGGGGUGAGGUCAGGCCAAAGCCGCCAACUUCUGCUUCACUUCUUCCAACCUCAACUUGUUCUCUUUCAUCACGGUAAGUCUUCCGAUUGUACCUUAUUUUAUUUCUAUACACUUAAAAGUCUCUCCGGAAUCUUGUUUCAAUUUUCCCACAACUCUCUUUCUCUCUCUCGUUAUCUACUUCUGCUGCUGUAUUUCCAUGGAGGCCUUAGCCCUUUGCAGCCCAACUUUCCCGACGUUUUUCUUGUUGUUUCUUUCCAUUUAUCUCUUUGCUUACUUUCUAGUCUUCCGAAACUGGGGUCCCAAACACCGGCCUGAAGCUUCAAGCUGCUUUAUCUCCUUAGCUCAUGGAACGCCUGCGGUUUUCAUGGCCGCUCAUGCAUUAAUAAACACGACCCAAUCCCCUCCUACGUUUGCUUCUCCAAACUCUGCUUUAGACAACGUUGUACUUGAAUACAGUAUUUCUUACUUCUUGAUGGACCUCGUCCACUAUCUAGUGUUUUUCCCCAAUGAUAUUCUCUUCAUUCUCCACCAUUUAGCCACAUUGUAUGUAUUUUUCACAUGUCGUUACAUGGUUCAUCAUGGGGCGUUUGCCCUUCUCGUGCUACUUGUUCUUGCUGAAGUCACAAGCCUUUGUCAGAACGUCUGGACUCUUGCUGGUUUCCGAAGAGCUGACGCACCUGCCGCUGCAAAAUUAUACGAGCUCUUGUCUCCCCCGUUUUAUGCUCUCUAUUCGGUUGUCAGGGGGAUUCUGGGGCCCUUCUUUGUGUAUAAGAUGGUGGUCUUUUAUCUAAGUGGGGUGGCUGGGAAUUUGAUUCCAAGAUGGGCUUGGUCUUCUUGGAUUGUUGUGAUUGUCACAGCAAUCUUGGUUAGCAUAGUUUGGGUUUUCCAUCACUGGAUAGACUGGUAUAAAGGAAGAAACUACAAAGCUGGGAAGAAAGUGGUCUAGGCUUUGUGGGUGCCUCCCAACUUUAAACGAGGGGACAGUCAGAGGAUGAUUGAGGGGGGUACCGGGUAUGUAAUAUGUGCAGGAGUUUCGCUCUACUUUCAGCAUUCACUUUAGUUGUAAAUAUAAUCCAAUAUGCUGAAUGCUUCCUAUGCUAUAAGAAUUCAGCUUGUGACGUACCAAUUCUUGUUGCUGCA